AUGACUAUGAAAGUUGCGUGGGCAUCUAUCCAGCUGCAUCAUGUGGUCACGGAGUGCGUCCUUCUGGCCAGCUUCCCAGCGGCAGAGUGCAGUUCUGGCUGCGGAUCUGAGUUCGACUCUCGGAUAUACGCGAAGGUUGACACCACGAUCACCAGUUUCAUGAGCAAGCCCGGCGGCUUGGAGAACAAUUUUCCUGGCCAGACCACGUUGCGCAUCCAUGGGGAUUUCUGUGAGGGAUACAGCAAGCAGGCAUACAGGCUUUUCAGCUACCAGUUCACUCACGGCAGCAUGAACCACGUUUUGUCAAACAGCUUCGCCAUCCUCUUCUUCGGGUCACCCCUGGAGCUUCUGUCAGGAUCCCUGUGGUUGUUCCUGCUCUUCCAGGCAGGCGUGCUCGGCGGAGGGCUAUGCACGUGGCUGACCUCCGCGCACACUAACACCGUGGGAGCGUCUGGCGGCAGCUACGCCCUGAUCGGCAUGCAAAUCGGCAAUAUGGUGCUGAACUGGAGGCAGAAGAGAUUCCGGAUGCCAUUGGCUGCUUUCUUCUUUAUCUUUUUGGCGGCCGACAUGUUCAAUUUCACAUACACGAAGUCAAGCACCACCAGCUACUCCACGCACGCUGGCGGACUGAUUACAGGCCUCCUCGCCCAGUUGGUCCUCGGCAGGAAGCUCGUCUACUCGAGGAGGGGCGUCGUUAUGAGAGGAUUUGCAAUAUUCACUCUCUUCGGCCUGGGGGUACUCUCCUGCGGAUGGUACCUGGUCAAUCCUUUCCCUGCUGCCCGAGGCGUCUCUGAAUUGUUCUACGACCCAGGCUUCAUAGGCCCCUGGUGCUGGGUCGCGCAGGCCUGCAUCUACCCCGACUACGCCACGGACGGGUCGUGUCCAAGCGCAUGGCAGUGCGUCGGGUGCCAGACGAGGAAGUGCGUCGAGGAUUGGUACGCUUUCGCCGCGAGCAGCAGCGAUCCCCCAGUCUACCUUGUCCAGACGACCUGGCAGACCUGUCGAGACAUGGUGACCCCGCCAGCCACGCCGCGGCGCCCGAUCCGGAAGUUCAUCAGCGCGCCCACUACCCCAGGAACUCCCAAGAGCGCCGCGGUCGGCAGGUCCCCGCUGGUGGUGCUCGGCGCGGGCAGGGACGGCGUCGAGGGGUUGCAGGAGCUGGUGGACGAAGCGGCAGUGCAGUGGGCCCUGAUCCGGUUCGAGCUCGGGGGAGGCUCGUUCGUGAGGCACAAGCUGGUCUUCCUGCACUUCAACGGCGAGGACUGCCCGGCCAUGCGGCGCGGGCAGGCCAACUCGCUCACGUCCGAGGCGCAGAACCUGCUUCGCAAGGGCAACCAAGAGGGAUUCCACGCCUCCCUGUCGCUGACGCGGAAAUCCGAGGUCACAGUGUCAGAGAUCCUCGACCGCGUUAGCAACUUCUUCGUCAAGGAUGACAUCGAUUUCUCCUGGCAGAAGAAGACGUCAGACACUGGGUUGCAGGCCGUGAAGCCGCCGGAGGCCAAGGCGGGGUGCGACGGCGUCGAGGCCUCCACGGGCUCGCUGCGCCUGCCGGGCAGGAGCUCCAGCGUAGUCAUGGAGCGGGGGCCUCGGGGCGAGUUCCUGCCAUUCGGGCCACAGGUGGAGAAGAUUUUCCGUGGCGGCAUGAUCCACGCGCAAGGGUGUACCAGAGCGGACAGCGCGGGCAGCGGCGCGGCAGAGCGGCUCCAGAGGCGUCGGGCGGAGAGCGCCCGCCGCCUGGACGGCCACCGCGGCUCCCCUUCGGGAGAGAUGGCGGCCCGCGGUGGCGGCGGCAGCAGAGACCGCAAGGGCGCCCUGGUCCUGCGCGUGCGUGGCGCGAGCCAGCCAGCGGCGGAGGACGGCGGCAGGCUGGCCGAGCUGCGGCCGCUCAGGGCCAAGACGGAGGCCCUCGGCGCUACGGAUGCGGCGAUGCUGGACCUCCCGGCGAGCGGCACGCAGGUCGACCCCCUUGUUGCCGAACCGCGGGCAGGCGCCGUGUCCGACGACGAUUGCGACGACCUGGCAGCUUUCGCGGGGCCUGCAGGCGACGCGACUGACAGCAGCGGGGAAGCCGCGGCCGCCACAGCCGAUGGCGGGCCGAGCAGACCGAGCAGCAGCGGCAUGCAGGACGGCGCCCCUGGGGCCUUGGGCAGGGCAGUGGAUGCCAUGCCUGGCGGCUGCCUGCUGCACCCUGCGCCCGCCACGGCCGACGACCGCACUGGCUCUUCGACCCCCCGGCCGAGGCGCCCUGCGGAGGCCACGGCCGACGGCAACCCUGGAGCGAGCAGCAUCAGAAUGCAAGUCGACACCCCUGCAGCCGCCUUCAGGCGCGCCCUCGACACGGCCCGCGGCAAGAGGAGGCGCCUGGGGGCCGCCGCGGCCGACGGCGACUCGCGAGGCGGCGCGCAGGACGACCACCCUGCGGCCGCGAGCAGGAUGCAGGACGACACUCCUGCACCAGCGGGCUCGGGCAGAGCAGAUGCGGCCAGCGACGGGCGCCACUGCGCCGGCCAUUUUUAA